GGCCGAAAUUUGCAGUGGGCUUUUCUACUAUAUUAGUUAUCUUUUGUUACCUUAUCUAGAAAGUUAGUAUUGAUUUUGAUGAUUCUUGUGUUGUGCCUUGAAGAUUGAACAACGUCGGCAUCGUCAGCAAGGAGCACUUUCCUUGGCUGACAAGGAUUUUUACUAUAGUUUUAGAUUAGAGAUUGUCACCGUUUGACCGUGGCAACUGGCAACACUAUCGACACCACUAUUUUUUGGAAUUAAAUAAACAAAAUUUAUAACUUGGUCCCAUAUACGAACAUAAAUAUUCCCCAUGUAAAAUUAAAAAUAACAAUAUUUUAAAUUUAUUAAAUAUGAAAUAUAGAAGAGAUUAGAUAUUAAGAAUUAAAACUUGUAUAAAUAUUAGAAAUUGUACUGCAGGAAAAAUAUUACGAUUUCUUUAAGAUUGAUAAGUACUCAGUUUUAUUAAAGAAAAUGAAAGUCGCUAUGAUUUCUCUGGCUAUUUGCCUACUAAUAGGACUUAGCUAUCAACAAACUCCUGGUGUAAUCAUCGAUAGUAAAGUUCCAAAUAUAGAAUAUGAACUUAAUGCUGUACAGUCCUACUACCAAGCCUCUAUAUUGUACCCAACUAAUAGCGAAAAACAAUUGCAAGCGUUCGCUCUUUUGUAUAAUGACACCCAUCCAACACCCAAAGGAUGGAAAGUGGCUCAAGGAUGUUCUGGAUUCUAUAAUCCUUCUGAACAAUAUUUCGUUUUAAUGAAUGUUACCACCAGUAACUCUACUUCUAAAGUUGUAAGAGUGUUCAAUUAAAAUCAG